AUGGUGAGUGAAAAGGGAACUUUUGUUAUCUACACCAUUGAUGAAAGACGUUUUGUACUGCCGUUAUCCUAUCUCUCUCACUGCAUUUUCCAAGAGCUCUUCAAGAUGUCUGAAGAAGAGUUUGGCCUCUCAAGUGGUAGUGGGACAAUUAUCUUGCCAUGUGACUCGCUCUUUAUGAAUUACAUGGUCUCUCUUCUCCAGCGAGGAAUGACUGGAGAUUUGGAGAAAGCUUUGCUUGCCAACUCUCUCUUCAGCAUUUACGGCACGAUAAUUAUGCUUUUAGAACUCUCUGUAAGUUCUUUUAAAGCCAUAACAUGUUUAACACUAACCUGA